AUGGAAAUUGCACGACGUAAUUGGGGUCCUCAAACUGCAGACCUUUUGCAGAACUUGAUCAAAGGCGGAUUUUCCUUCAAUACAUUAUCAGCUUAUUUCCCACCUACCGGUUACAUUUCACCACCUCAGCGCAAGUCAGUUCUUUUGGGACGUCGUCCCUGCGGGUUCUCACCAGGCUUGGAGGAGUAUUGCUCAUAUGAACACAGACGAGACAUUUUCCUGCGUUCAGUGAGAGGUCGCGCAGCAAUUUUAUCCGGUGGUAUAAUUGCUCGUCUGGCUCGUGAGGUUGUCAAUGUGAACGAUGUUCUGGAUGGACCUACCGAACGUGCACUACAUGGGCAAAAUGCUCUUUGUGUUUGGGACCCUAGACAAAAAGCUGCUUUUUGGGAUGACGAGUUGACUGAGGAUGAAAUAGACCUUAUUUGCGGAACCUAUGAAAUUGCUACAGGAAUCGUGAGCAAGGACGGAGAACCUCAAUAUGCUAUCAAAUCAUGGUGGCCCCGACCGAUAUCAUGGAAAUUUUGCGGACUCAAUGUUGGAUACUGGUCUAGUGAUGCAGAGCAUUGGUUUCAAUCUCGUCUGAAAGGCAUUCUCGAAAGACCUGGAUCGAUCAAAAUUCUAUCCAAUAAUCAAUGGCGAUCGACAUUGAAGUUCAAUAAGGAUGCCCCCAGACUCUCGCAAAAGAAUGACCUCCUGGCAGCUGAAUAUCUACGUUCAUUCUUAAAGUUCUAG